GUUCAUUCGUUCGGGGCCCUUAAUACCACUUUCUACUGCCAAAUCUCGUCUGUGCAAAUCAACACGCACUUGAUUUUGUUGCUAGUAUCAGCACUGUUAAACUGGUGCUCAGAAGAUGGCACACGUGCAGUCUCCGGCGGAGCAGAUGCUCGCUACUGCAACUGGCUCCUCAUCACAGCUCCGCAUCGUUGACUCUUUAACGGCCUCAACGAGCACUCUUCCUGCGUUUCAAUCACCCACGUUCAUUCUCGCCUUCUUGCUUGUGCUAUCGCUUGUGGUUACGAGAGUGUUCAAGAUUAGCAAGAAACAGCUUCCACCUGGAGUCAAACCACUUCCACGAUUGCCAGGACUACCGUAUGCUGGUCGUUUCUGGGACGUUCCCGGACCUGGUAUCGAGGCAGCAUGGCACUUUGGAGCACUCCACAAGAAAUAUGGUCCCAUCUACGAAUGGAAAGUCAUGGGCGUUAUCCACAUCUGGAUCGAGACCGACAAGAUUUCUCGAGACCUCUUCGUCACUCGUCAAAAGAACUACUGUGAUCGCAACGAGCUUCCCGCAGCAGUUGGCGUUCGAGACGGAGCGGAGAUUCUGCCUCUCAUGGGCUAUGGUGAAAAGUUCCGGAGAUACAAGAACUUCAUGCACCUGAUCAUGAGACACGCCACGCCCAAGACGUUCUACAAUUGGCCGAGCAUCGAGAACAAGAGAACGUUGAGGAGAAUGCUGGAGCGACCGGAUCGUUGGUCGGAACAUAUGCUGGUACAUUGUGCGAGGACCAUCGCUGGCGUUGCUUGGGGUGAUCCUGAGCAUGGAAGCAAGUUGUUGAAAAUUAUUCCCGUCAUUCUCAAGGCAGUCUCACCUGCCGGACCGGUCAUCAACAAGCUGACUUUCUUGAUGAACCUGCCCGAGUCUGUCUCGCCAUGGAAACAGCAAGAAGCACUCCGCAAACAGGAGAUGACGGAUGCGUUUGUCGAGGCACUGCAAGAUGUGAAGAGACGCACUGAGGAGGGCAAUUGCGAAGACUGCUGGAGCAAGUUAUGGACCACCAAAGAGAAGGGAACCGAGCAUCUGGACGACUACGAAGCAGCACAUGCGAUUGGAUCGUCUUCCUUUGUCGCCAUCGCUACCAUUGGAGGUCCGCUCCACGCCUUCUUCACGGCCAUGUGUCACUACCCAUCAUGGCAAGCCAAGGUCGUCGAGGAGAUUGAUCGUGUCUGUGGUAAUCGUCCUCCCGAGAUGACGGACAUGCCUCAGCUGCCUCAUCUCCGAGCGACAGUCAAGGAAAUCGUCCGAUGGCGACAAGCCACUCCUCUUGGUGUCCCUCACGUGGUCAUGGAAGAUGAUGUCUACGAAGGCUACCAUAUUCCCAAAGGAGCAAUUUGCCACGCAAACCACUACCUCAUCUCCCGCGAAGAAUCCACAUACCCCUCCGGCAACGAAUUUCUCCCCGACCGCUGGCUCAACCCCGCCUACCCCACCACCUACAAAGAACCUCUGACCGAAUUCCCCAACCUCAACAACGACCGCGGCUUCGGCUACGGCAACCGCUCCUGCCCGGGAGUCGAACUCACGCAAUGCGAACUCUUCACGUUGAUCGGCCACCUCAUCUGGGCCUUUGACAUUCGACGUUGCGAGGGGAAAUCCGCAGCAGAAAACCCUGUACCGUGGUAUGAGACUGCUCCCUGGGUGAUUACGAUGCCGAAGCCGUUCAAGUGUGAGAUUCGAGUGCGGAGUGAGGAGAAGAAGAGGUGGAUUGAAGGGAACUGUCCUGAUGGUGGUGGCUUGGUGAGGGAUACGGAGAAGGAGAGGAGGAAUCGGUGGGAUGUGGUCAGGCCGAGGCCGAGGGGUGGUGAGGAGGAGGGGGAAGAGCAUUUUAAUUGGGAGGGCUUGACGGAUCGGGCGAGUGGGCAUGCGGGGAGGGUUUAUGGGGUUGGAGUGUGAAGAGGAACAAGAAACAAUAUAUGUCGUAUGUACCUACCGUACCUAGAUGGUUGGGAUGGUGGUGUUUGAGAGGGUACAUUUACUGUAUGGGACUUCGUUUCUUCUGAUCUUU